UAUAAAAAAUUUGAUGUGAUGUUUUUGGAAAUUUUUUUUGAAAACUAAACAAUCCUUCAUCGAAUCCACGCCAACUGACAUAACUUCCGUUUUCUCGGAAAAACCCCACGGCGUCGUCUUGCCCCGAGCGCGCCGAAGCCAAACUCACCGCCGGCCGGCCGGCCGGACGGAAAAUGGCGCCCCGCUCGCCGCUCCUCCUGCCCCUCCUCCUCGCCCUCGAGCUUCUCGUCCUCCCGCUCCCCACUCCCCCCCACUGCUGCUCCGCGGCCCCCCACGUCUCGCCGUCACCGUCGCCGGAGGCGGAGGCGGUAACGGCAACGGCAGCCACGCGCACGCCGCUCGUCCCGGCGCUCUUCGUGAUCGGGGACUCCACGGCCGACGUCGGCACCAACAACUACCUCGGCACGCUCGCCCGCGCCGACCGCGAGCCGUACGGCCGCGACUUCGACACCCGCCGCCCCACGGGGCGUUUCUCCAACGGCCGCAUCCCCGUCGACUACAUCGCAGAGAAGCUGGGGCUCCCUUUUGUGCCUCCAUACCUUGAACAGAACAUGCGCAUGGGCGUCGGCAGUGUUGACCUCAGCAACAUUGAUGGGAUGAUACAAGGUGUCAACUAUGCAUCUGCCGCAGCUGGAAUUCUCUCAAGCAGUGGCUCUGAGCUGGGAAUGCAUGUUUCACUGAGCCAGCAGGUGCAGCAGGUUGAGGACACAUAUGAGCAGCUGGCUCUGGCUCUCGGGGAGGAAGCAACAACUGAUCUAUUCAGAAAGUCUGUGUUCUUUUUGUCAAUCGGGAGCAACGACUUUAUCCACUACUACCUGCGCAAUGUGUCUGGCAUCCAGAUACGUUACCUCCCAUGGGAGUUCAACCAGCUCCUUGUCAAUGCAAUGAGGCAGGAAAUCAAGAAUUUGUACAAUAUCAAUGUGCGGAAGGUCGUCAUGAUGGGCCUCCCUCCUGUUGGCUGUGCACCUCACUUUCUCUGGGAGUACGGCAGUCAAGAUGGGGAAUGCAUCGAUUAUAUCAACAAUGUUGUGAUUCAGUUCAACUAUGCCCUGAGAUACAUGUCUAGUGAGUUCACUCGCCAGCACCCAGGCUCUAUGAUCAGUUAUUGUGAUACUUUUGAGGGGUCUGUGGACAUACUAAACAAUCGUGACCGCUACGGUUUCCUGACCACCACUGAUGCUUGCUGUGGGCUGGGAAAGUAUGGAGGCCUAUUCAUGUGUGUGCUUCCACAGAUGGCGUGCAGUGACGCGUCGAGCCAUGUCUGGUGGGACGAAUUCCACCCCACAGAUUCUGUGAACCGAAUACUGGCAGAUAAUGUGUGGUCUGGUGAGCAUACCCAGAUGUGCUAUCCUAUGGAUUUGCAGGAGAUGGUAAAACUGAAGUAGACCCAACCUGAAUCUCCAUUGUAGCUAGUUGCACAGCUUUCAUAUACUUUGACAAAGAACCUAUACGGCGGCACACAGAAAUGUAUAUCUUGAGAACUACAAAUAUUUGUACAUAUAGGUUUGUGCCAAAAAAAAAAAAGAACGGUCUUAUCAUGUUUGUUCAUAUAUUUGCACUGUAAAGGAUCUGUAUGGCCAAACUGGAACAGGCGCUUGGUAGGUAAACGUAAAGCAUUGUUCAGUUCUCA